UUCCGGAUCGUGUGGGGGAUCGAUCAGCUGUUAGGACUGAAAUCCUCUCUGGGCUUAUUUAUUCUCACUCGUUCUUCUCUAAUAUGACAUGUGCUCGGGAACUGUAAACCACUUUAAAUGGCUACUACUGUUUGAUUAUACAUGUACAGCGGUUAGUGGGUGUGACAGUGUGUUAAACUUGCAGUUAUUUAGGCCUUUAAAAGAGGAGGAGACUCGGCUCUGCCCUUCAUGUGUAACCUCUGAGCUCUUCUCGUGGGAUCAACCACAGUCAGGAUGUCCACCUACACUGAGAAUGAGUCCAAGUUCAUGCGGAAGGCCAAGGAGAAUCCAUUUGUUCCAGUGGGACUAGCAGGGUUCUUCGCCAUCGUCGGGUACAGACUGAUCAAGAUGAAGAGUCGAGGAGACACUAAAAUGUCAGUGCACCUGAUCCACAUGAGAGUAGCUGCUCAGGGCUUUGUGGUGGGAGCCAUGACUCUUGGAGUCCUAUAUACGAUGUACAGGGAUUACAUCGUAAAGCCCAGAGAACUGAAGGCGGCGGAAAACAAGUGAACCCGGCUUCCUACACUGGUUUUAUGUCCCUUAAUAUAUACCUCAUGUUAAGGUGUGUAGAGUGUUAUCUUCACAGGUGCAUCAUAUCCUUUGUAUGGACGCACCCCCUUCAGCAGCUCACUCCUACUGUAAAUAGAUAUAAUUUAUUGACUACAGUUCUGAACUUGUAAGUAGUACCCAGCUACCACUUCUGUGUUGAGAGUGAGGUUUACUGGACUCAGCUGUUUAAACACUGGUCAGUCUGUGUGGGUUUGUGGAUAUAAAACCAGCUGGUUUGCUAAGUCUGGAGUUUUUUUUUGCCUCUUAACUUGAGUAAAUUUGUUUUUUAGAAAAUGUAGCAUAUUUGAAACAGUGUGAGCAGGUUGAAUCUGGAUUAAAAGCAACCAGCCUAAUCAGUGUAUUUUCCUUUUAUUUCUGUAUUCUUGAAUGAUCCAAUUUUGGGAUGUUUUGCCAAAUGAAAUGCUUGUUUGCACCGUAGCCUUUUAAAACAAAGAAAAGAAAGGCAUCUUGAGGAAGACGUUGACAACACUGGCCUGAGCUCUCACAUUCAUAAAACUAUUAGAAGAAAAGCCGUUUUUGGCUCACCAUAGCAUCACUCCAUAAAACAUUUUUUUAAUAAUCACAAGAAAAUUUAAAAAGAAAAAAGUAAGCCAUCUUCAAACCAUAAAAAUGUAAAAUAUAUAGUUUUGUACAAAUUGAUUGCAAAGGCCACGUCUUUUUUUUCCGAAUUUCUCUAAUGUAGUGAUGCAGAGUCAAGUAUUUCACCCGGUCUUUUGAGACCUCCAGUAUAAACCAACUGAAAUCCAACCUACAGAUUGUGCAGUUACCCAUAUGAUAUCAUGUCUGCUUGAAUAGACGCCUUGUUAAGUUAUAAAUAAAGUGGAGUUUUGAAUGUUGUGUGCAAAUACAGAAGAAAGUUAUUUUUUGAUAUUUGUUUCUUUUCUUUUUCUCUCGAAAUAAAAGUGGCCAUUCUUCUAAUUCUGAAA